AUGGACAAACCAGACGGCCCAGCGCGCGGGCACAAAUGGACUUUUGCCUGGUUUCUGUCCGCUUUCGACCCAUCCCCGGCCCAACUUUGCACCACUUUUGGGGUGAAACGGACAGCGCGCGGACAGGCGGGACGCGCGCGCAUGUCCUCCCAUGGCCCGUCCAUCGGUGGCACAAAGCAAAAAACCCCGCACCCCAUUUGGCGUCAUUUCCCCCCAAAUCUGAAGAAGGCGGCCAAGGGUGCAAGGAAGCCACGAUCGGAGUGCACACCGGAGGAGCUCGCCAAGAUGGACACAGAGUCGGCAAAGAGGAGGAACUGGAGGGCGACUGUCAAGGGCAAGACCGCCGCGGCCAAGUUCGCCGCCGAGCGUGAUGCGGUGGAGGUCGCGCGGCGUAAGGCCGAGUUCAUGGAGCAAGUGAUCUAUGAGGGUGGGCAUGGCGUUGCCUACGAUCCCGACGAGACCCAAAGUCAGGAUGGCCGCGCCCAGUAUGUUGCGGAUGAAGAGGCCCACGACCAUGCCGACUACGACCAUUGUGACUCGUGGCAUGAAGAAGAUGACAUCUAUUGCGAAGGUGAUGGUGAUGAAGAAGAUGGCAUUGAUAUUGAUAUUUCGGGCGGGCCAUUGUUCAUUGACGAGCUCACACAAAGAGCAGUAACACAAAAGAGGAAGAAGAGCAUUCGCAAGGCAUUUCAAUCUUUGGAAGCAUUAAAGGCCCGACACAAUGACAAACCAUUCACUCCAACGCAUUGUUGGACGCUCAUCAACAAUUGCCCAAAGUACAAAGAUCAAUAUCGUGAACUUCAAAGGAAGAGAGGCAAGAAGGCGGCCGCAUUUGUUGGAGGUGGAGAUGGUGAGGCGUUAAAGAGGCCGAGGGGCAAGACCAACUCCAAGGUGGAUGCGUCAUCCAUGGCCUUGCAUGAGACUUUGCACAGCAUGAUGUCUCAAAAGGAUGUGAGGGACGAGAAAAAGCAUCAAAGCAAGGAGGAGCAAAUGAAGCUAUACCUAGAGCUUCAAAGGAAGAAGCUUGAGAAGGAGGAGGCGGCCAAGAAGAGGAAGAUCGACAUGGAGGAGGCGGAUCGGCAAAGGCAGCUCGAAAUUGAGGCUGCCAAUGUCACGGCCAGGCAGAGGCAGCUCGACAUUGAGGCCACCAAUGCCGCAACCAAAGCAAAGGAGGUGGCCCUUGCGAUCAUGAGCGUGGACUUGACCAAGAUGAGCGAGAAGACGAGGAGCUGGUUCGAGGCCAGGCAGAAGGAGAUAUUCAAUGCUGACGGCCUGAACUACGCCGUCUGA